CAAGCGUCCAGCAAGAAAAUCACCGUAACCCAAAUCACUUGGAAUUCCCCCGAGUGAACAAAGCUUUCGCUUUAUCCUUAACCUUCCUCUCCCGUUUCUUCCCCUUUCGCUGUUUCGUCACUUGGCUAGAAGUGGGGUUUUCCUCAGGUAGGGGUACAGUCGGGACUCUCCUACUCUGCAGUAGCUGGAAUAUCAGCGGAGAACCUGGGGAGACGAUGGGCGAAACGCGGGGUAGUUCUUCGGGAGCUGCUGGGAUGGGAGGGUGGAUGGAGGCGGACACGGAUGAGGUCUCGACUGGAGGAUUGGUUGGGGUAGCUGGUAUAAUUGGCGAAGCAGGUGUUGGCAAGGGCGACACGAUACAUGGCGGAGAGAUGAGUGGCGGAGAGAUGGGUGGCGGAGAGGUAGGUGUUGGUAUAGGUGGGUUUGAUGGGGAAUUUGGUAUUGCUGGUGUGUCGGAUGAAGGAGGCGGCAAUCCAGAGGAUGGUUGUUCUGGAAGGGAGAUGGGCGGAAGAGGAAUAUGGGACUGUGUUGGUGAUUUGGGGAAUCGUUCUCGUACCACGUCCCAGGAAUCAAGGCUAUUGGAAGAAUCCAGAUAUUCACAAAAGCAGCAGAUCCACUAUGGAGACACCACCAGAAACCUAGAACAAACACGACAUUCCGGCUCUACCUUCUCUCAUCCAUCCUCGGCGUUCUUCGCAUUCCUUGUCAUCCCUCUCCCUACUAUCGUCCUCACUAAUCCGCACGAGAUCCGGUCGUAA